AUGGAUCGUGUCAGCCGCCUUCCAUCGACCGCUCCUUUGGGGGAGGGGGAACGUUUUCGCCCAAGCACCACGACGAUCGGAUCGUUGUCGUUGAGGAUGUUGCUGACAUUCCUCACCUCGUCGUAUCGUCCAGCGUCGACCUAUAGGAACAUGCAAGUAGCCUCGGCAAACCCUUCCACCAGUAUACCAACAACCAUCGUAUUAUCGGUACGAUGCUCGAGCGCGCAAUUGAAACGAGCCGCCGGUUCGCAGUCGCUCGAAACACUUCGAUCGGCGCUCCUUGGCUGGACCGUCACUGACGUUGACGGCAUGGCGCAAGAUGUUGACGCUAGCGGUGGGAAAGGACCACUCCAUAUGGCCGCGUGGCAGGGAUGCGUGGAAAAUCUGACCCACUUGCUCGACGAUUGGGGCUGUGACGUGAACGUGAUUGCACGCGGGGAAUUCAGUUUCGGCAAGACGCCCAUUUUCUUUGCGGCCACCCAGUCACGCGCCGAUGUCCUGUUAUUCCUACUCGAUCGGGGUGCGCACGUGAAGAUUGUCAACAACAAAGGUCAGUCGAUUCGUUCCAUCGCCGCGUCACACUUUGAAGACCCAACGAUUAUUGACCGGAUCAUUCAAGCCGAAAUCGGCCAAGCGAAUUCGCCGUGGCGAAAUUAUCGGGAAACCCACGGAGACGGACUGGAAUACGGUGAUUUGGAUCCACGGUUUUUGGAUCGGCCGUUGCGGGAAACGGAUACGGAACCCAGACCUAGCGAUGGAAAGAAUCAACGCCAAGCGGCCGCCGAGCGGAAGCGUCGCCCUAUUGCAGCAUCCCCAAUACCAUCCUUGACGGCAAACGAAAUUUGUGUAUUGGAACAAUCGUGGCAAUCGAUUGAAAAGACGUGCGGGACGAACGGUCUAACAACAGCGGGAACGCUGUUUCAAGACUGCACCGACGAUUUUUGGACAAUCGUCGAGCUCAACGAUAAACUUCGGCAAAGCUGGAUUCCAUCGUUCGUAUCGAGAUUGUCAUCCGUGAGUGGACAUCGUUCUCUAUGGAAAGAAUGGAUGCAACUGGUACGGCCGACCAGUGACAUGCGACAGCGCAAACUAAUCGACAAGAUUGUCGCACAACUUACUAUCGAUCGAUCCUCGGAUGCCGCAAUCAAUAGGAUUGGUGCCAUCGAAAGCAACAACCGUCUGGAGUUCCAACAGCGCUCACUCCCAAAGUUUAUACCACCAUCUCUGACGUCAGAGCCCUGGAAGACUGCUUGCGAAGCGGUCCAAGGUUUGACAAUAUCCUACUACUAUGACGAGGCUACCAACGUCCUUCAGUUGCCCAACCAACCUGUUUGGAUUGAUGCAGUUGAAGAAAUGGGGAGGCUCCGAAAAACGCUGGCGACGUGUACAGUUGUAGCCAUAGACACGGAAUGGUAUACCAAUCCUGUCGACGGUUCCACGUGCUUGGCCACCAUCCAAGUAGCAAUUCGACGAACGAAUGCUGGUGACCCAAACGACUCUCAGAUUUUGUCGUGGGUUGUCGACUUGAUCGGCACGAGAUACGAAGCGGAAACGAGAGAGCGUUAUGUCGAGGGUUGUCGGGACUUGGUGGAAGAGCUGUUGGAGAAUUACGUCGUGCUAGGUUUUGCAGUGGGUCACGAUUUGCAUAUUUUGGCGGAAUGGGUUGCCAGGCCGUUUAACACUAACCGUGUGUUGGACCUGCAGCGUUUGUGGGCAGCCAAGGCAAUGCCUGGUUUGGCUGCUUGUGUCGAACGCUACGCCGUUAUCGAGUCGAAUUGUGAAAACGAGUGCGAUAUAAAACGCUAUUGCUUGUCUAAGGAUGAGCAAUGCUCCGAAUGGAAUAGGCGCCCUUUGACAAGCUCACAAAUUGAGUAUGCAGGGCUGGAUGCGGCGAUACUGAUGACAUUGUUGGCUGAAAGAUACCGCGAAGAGCAGCAGUGGGGAAAGGUGGAUGAAGGGUGGGUAUAGCUUUGUUGCUCAUUCUUCCCUUGUUGCCCUUGACACUCUUCCCUUGCUCGAUAUGAGCAGCUCACGAUUCAACCGUGGUUAUACAAUAAUUGGAAACAAACGCGGGGGAUAAACCUCUAAUAUA